UAGUAAAUACCAGAGAAUUUAUUUCGUUGUAGUGUUACCAUGUGGCUACCAGUAAUGGAGCUACGUUUUUUCGUCUGCUUAUUCUCUGGUGUAGGAUGCAAUUGUAUCCAACUGUGCGAAGCCUUUGUAGCUGGGGCGGGGUCGGUCAGAAUAUUGGGUGUAGCACGUCCGUACAAUGUAUUAACUAUCACUGUAUGAUCGCGCCAAGGGUGGAGUUUUCCCCAAUAUAUCGUGGGACGAUUUGCUAAUCUUGUAUCAUGGUGUAGGCCAUUCUAGUUGCUACGUUUCCUCAGGUCCUGUUGUUGAUCGUAAGAUGGCAGAAGUGUAUAUAAGUGAGCUGGAAAUCAGUGAAGAGCACACAACACAGCUGCAUACUUUUGCCGAGGUGUGGUUUCACAUCGACCUCAUUUUAGUCUCGAGCCAUGUUGAUCACACUCAGAUGUCGACUCGUGUGGCGAUCACAUUUUUCGCAAAUGCCAUUUUUCGCCUUAGUGUCUCUCCUCAUCAUGUCAUCGACCUCAACACCCAUUACUCGAUUUUCGCGGUGCGCUCCAAGAAAGAUGGAUCGCAAGGAUAACGAUUUAGUGCAUUCGUUCUGUCCUGAUGACUAUUCGAUAGCCAUUUGGAAAGCGUGCCCUCACCCUUCCCCAUUGGGAUGUGCCGAAGGAUUUCUGAGUGUUUCGUCUGAGCACGAGAACACGCGCUUGAAGUUGCGAUCUCGCAUUAAAGGACUAAAAUCAAACGAAAUUUUUACGAUGAAACGGUCGAGCAGACGAACGGGCAAUCGAUAUCAACCGACGAAAUUCGACUCACUCACCACUGCCAACAACCGAUGUGUUGAGAUCGAUUCAAAUGGAUAUCUUGUUGCAAGCAAGACUACCGACGACCCUUCAAAGUGUCGAACAAUCUUUAAUACACACUUUCGUACAUCGGAUAGUCGGUUGGCUGCUUCUCCAUCGCGUAUCUGUGCUCUACAGUACGCAAGUGGUGGCAAAGUGAACGCCUCAUACGUUUUGAGGUUCAACAAACAUGGACAUCAAAUUCUUUCUACAUUGACGAGUCCGGCUAACUGUAGCUCUAUGCCACGCGAUGCGGCACAAAGUCCAGACGAAACGUUCAGCAGCCUUCUGGGAUUGAUGACGGACAACGACUUUCAGGAGACAGCUUUUCGACUCUUCUAUGUCAAGAAAGCGAGAUUUUAUUGCAAUGAUGCGUUGUCUGAUGAUAUAAUGAACCGUUGCGGUUUACGUAACAAUUGUUGAAGUUUAGUAACGUCCGUUGUGUAUAGUUGUACACUUUGUGCUUAAUUUAAUUUUUAUUAGUUGUGA